AUGUAGCUGAGGCACAGUGUGCGGCUCUACGUGCUGAACAUAGCUUCAGAAAUCUGUCUUGUGGUGAAGGAGACACCAGACAGGAUCGUUAGAAAUGGCCUUCAAUGGAACGUGGCAGGUUUAUGCUCAGGAAAACUACGAGGAGUUUCUCAGGGCCAUAUCACUACCUGAGGAUGUCAUCAAGCUGGCCAAAGACAUCAAACCUGUGACAGAGAUAAAACAGACAGGCAACGACUUUGUUAUCACUUCAAAGACCCCUGGAAAAUCGAUCACUAACUCCUUCACCAUCGGCAAGGAAGCUGAAAUCACCUCCAUGGAUGGAAAGAAGAUCAAUUGUGUUAUAAAAAUGGAGGGAGGAAAGCUCAUCUGUGACUCAGACAGGUUCUCACACAAGCAGGAGAUCAAGGAUGGAGAGAUGAUUGAGACUUUGACUCUGGAAGGAACCACCAUGGUCAGGAAGAGUAAAAAGUUGUGAUGUGACUAUUUAAAUAAAACUGUCAAUCGUCAAAA